GAAGGAGGGGGAGAUUCGGGAGUGCGAGAGUCGUCCCUGCCCUCCGUCUCUACAUAGUGCUGCCUGUGUGUGUGCGUUGCCUGCGCUCUCUUGUUCACGCGCACACACACACACACACAAGCGCAGACAAGCAUACACACACACAUACACACAGAACGAGGGAGGGCGAGAGAGAGAGAGAGAGAGAGAGAGAGAGAGGGAGAGAGAGAGAGAGAGAGAGAGAGAGAGAGAACAGAUCGCAGCAGAGAUGCAGCAGGAGGUUUUUCGAGGUUUGGGGGCGGGGUCAUGGUGUCCAGAAUGGACGGCUGGCACCCCCUCCACAUCAGUAUCAUACCCUUGGAAUUAAAUGAACAGCACCUGCCUGGCCCUGCUUCAGUUUAUGAGAGGACUCCAUUUUACAUCCAUCUAAGAAUCGUCGCUGUGAACAACAUCUACAUCCAAGGAUUGAGCUUUCCUCAGACUGACACUCCUCCUUCCUUGAAUGCCUGCCAAUCUUCCAUUCCAGUGGUGGACACGGUUCUAAGUUUUACCUCACUCUGUUCAGUACUUCUGAACUUGCUGAACUGCAUUUACGCAUCUUGCUUCCUUAAGGGUCUGUUUGAAGUGGCUGGCUUGAAAAAGUGUCUUAAAGGACUAAAGCAAAAGGCUCAAAUGAAACACAGAAAUAAACAGAUAAGAGUAGACAGGAUGGGAGAAGGUACAGAUGGGGUAGAUGGUACCAAAACAACAAGGAUAUCGCUCAGUUUUCCGAUCAGCACUGGACUGCCUGGUUUCUCUGCACAAAAGCACUGUCCAAUAAUUCAUCCCCCUUCAUCUUCUAUAGCAUUUGAAAGAGAUGCUUCAAACAGCACUGCAUGGAAGGAGGAAACUCUCAGAGACAAACCAGUGCCCAAAGGAUCAAAAUCAGACUACCUAUCCUGCUCUUCCUCCUCCACUCUCCCCAUAGAUUUGACUGCACCUGUCAGUAAGAACUGCAAAUCCACUAUGUCUUUUUCUGUGGCUGGUAGUGGUCCCCACUUUCCAACAUCUGCAUUGCACACAUCUGCUAAAAUGGACUACUCAAGAGACACAUCUGGAGUUAGUCUGCCUAAUGACUACCCAGAACACUCAACAACAGAGACUGCACAUAUUUUGUUCAACCUGAGCGCAAGAGCCUUCCAAGGUCAGGUGACAAAAGACGUGGAAAGGGCAAAAGGCAAAAAACGCAAAGGAAACAGCCUACAUGUUGAACUGAGCCUCCCUCUUCCCAGUAUAAACCCACCUUCCUCUUCAUCAAGCCCUCCUCCUCUUUCACCCCCUUCUGUCUCUCCAAUGGCCCUCCCUCCUCAAUCCUUCCAUGACUCCUAUCAAGCAGUGCCAAAACCAGAGCUGCUGUGCGGUGUAUGCCACCGUCUGUUUAGCACCGCCUCAUCCCUCACUGUGCACAUGCGUCUUCAUCGGGGUGGACGACUUCUCAGCUGCUGCCAUUGUGGCAAAGCCUUUAUUCAUAAUAAAAGACUGCAGUCUCAUGAGGCCACCUGUCGGCAAGCACUGCCAGCGUUCGACAUCCAGCCCAAACAGGAACCUUUAGAGGAGGGGACCAUAGAGAAAACAAAUGAGGCAACAGAGCCAGAACAGCUUGGGCAAGAAACGGGACCUGGACGACCCAUAAAGAAAGGACGAAGCCUCCAAGGACAUCAUGCCAGGGCAAUGUCUCACAAUGAUGCUCUCAGGGAUGAGGAUCACUUUGUGAAGAUUGUUGAUGGACAUAUCAUUUACUUCUGUUCGGUUUGUGAACGCUCCUACAUGACCCUGUCAAGUCUCAAGCGCCACUCUAAUGUGCACUCAUGGCGUCGGAAGUACCCAUGCCACUACUGUGACAAGGUUUUUGCUCUUGCAGAGUAUCGCACCAAACAUGAGGUGUGGCACACUGGUGAAAGGCGAUAUCAGUGCAUUUUUUGCUGGGAGGCCUUUCCCACCUACUACAACCUCAAGACACACCAGAAGGCAUUCCAUGGCAUUAGUCCUGGCCUCAUCUCAAGUGAGAAGACAGCCAAUGGUGGCUACAAACAGAAGGUUAAUGCACUUAAACUUUACCGCCUACUACCCAUGCGCUCUCAAAAACGACCCUAUAAGACAUACAACCAGGCUUUGGCCGAGGGACUGCUCAAACCUGACCCAUCAGCUACCUUGCCUUUGUCUCUAGGCUGCAGCCUCCCUCCAGGUCUGGGUCCCAGUAAACUGGACUCCUUCCUUAAGGAUAUUCAUCCCCAAGACAUUAAACCAGACCCUGAGGGUUUCCUGGUCAAGAUGGACAAAGAGCAGUGCAGGAAGCUGGCAUCAGCUAAGGCAGAGGUACCAGCAGAGGUCAGUGAAAAGGAAAGGUCAGAUUUACAUCUCUCUGGCAACAGCAGUGUCAAAGCCAAAAAUGUCAAAUGCCCAGAGACAGCAGUUUCUUCAGUCAUUACAUUUGGACAUAGUAAACCCUCAGUCAUCAUGCAUAGCACAGCACUCCCAUCCUCUGUCAUUGUUCAACGAGAUAAGACACCCUCUGAGGAUGGAAAAUGUCCUACUGAGAGCAGUCAUGCAUUGGAUAAGACUUUGCAAAAAUCACUUAAAAAGCAUACACAAAAAGAUCAUACACAUGCCCGUAGUAAGUGGGAAACAACCAGCACGCAUACAGAAAUCUCAAAAAUCCAACAGCCAGCAGAAAAGAUUCACAAAGGUCGAAAAGCUCAUACCAAGAGUGCGUCAAGCAAGGUGGUUCCCAUAUCUGUGGGUUCAGAGGUCAAAGGGAGCGGGCCUCUUUGUCAGAUUACUGUACGUAUAGGGGAAGAGGCUAUUGUCAAAAGGAGUAUAUCUGAGACAGACCUCAUGAGAGACAAAAGUCCACCAAGUAAAGACAAAAAGGGCAACUUUCUGCAUGGAGACCAGAGAGAACCACGACAUACCCAUCACCAUCAUCGCAGACACCAUAGUCAUCGCAGUUCCAGCCAGGAAGAAAGAGAUUCCAAACUGCCAGGCAAGGUGAGGAAGUAUUUCUUCCGACAAGAAGUCAGGGAAGACCGGAAUGAUCAUGAUGGAGAAGACAACCUGUGGAGACCGUAUUAUUCGUAUAAGCCCAAGAGAAAGGCUUUGCAUAUGCAGAAGAUCAAGAGCUGGCAGCGCAAAAUGCAUUACAAACGAUCACUGCGGCUGAUGAAAAGAGCAGAAAGACUAAUGAGUGGUGUAAACAAAGAGGAAGGUACUUUAGAGGAAGAAGAAAAAGAUGAAGUAAAAGAGGAGGAAAAAGAAGUUUUUCAUCAGAAGGAGCUCAAAGAUGACACAGAACCUCCUUGUGUUCCCACAAUAACAGAAGAAAAGGAGGAAGAAAAGGGGGGUCCUGGAAUGCGUGACCUUUCUUACUCCACAGCUUUAUCCCAGCCCACUCUGAAUUCUCAAUACACAGUUUCCCCUACCAUCAAACAACGUUGGUCUGGGGACCAAGCCUCUGAAUGUGGAUCAUGUGGCCGCUGGUUCUCCAGCUCAAGGAAGCGAGACAAACAUGAGCUAACACAUCUAUUUGAGUUUGUCUGUCUACACUGCAGAGCUACUUUCCCUUCUCAGACCAAAUUAGAGGAACAUCAGAGAACCAGCCACCCAAAAAAUAAACCUCUGCCUACCUCCGCUUCAUGUAAUUCAGAGUCAUCAAGCAAGGAAAAUUCAAUGGAAUUAGAGGAGACAAGCAGUGUAUUAAACAGGCGGUUCUUAGAAAAGGGGAGUACUGCUCGCUUGGGAAGAAGGCCAAUGACUAGAUAUACCUGCUCCCAGUGCGAUAAAGUGUGUAAGACUGCUGCCGCGCUAAACUGCCACCUGAAGAGGCAUGAGCUAGGCAACACUACAGAGACUAUCCAGCCAGUGCUGGACAUGCAAAGUCAUAAUACUGUGGUAUUACCCGAGGUAGACAAGGUUGAAAGAACAGAUUCAGACAUCUUACCUAGGCAUGCACAGCCCAUCCCAGUUAUCAACUAUCUCAAAUCAGAUUCUCAACACACACAGAAAAAGGCAGUUGAAAGGAAUGAAGAGCACCAAAGAUUAGCUACUGGAGAAAGUCCAAAGCUAGCAGCUAUUGACAAAAUCCACAGUUCACAAUUGAGCACUGUAUCUUCCCCAGUUAGACUUAGCCCAACACCAGAAAGGUCAAAUGUCAUCUCCCCUGGUCUGCCCAGUGUGCUCGUAAUGAAUGGAGCAGAGUGCCUGGACUUCCGAACUCCUGAGAAAAGGAGUCUAGAUGCACAGGAUCAGAGGAAAAGAAGCCUCACACCCACUGACAGACCAAACCAAGCCUGUCAAGUCCAAAUGGUAGAAAAGGUUAGAAGUGAUGCAGGUCCAUCUAUAUCCCCUGCAUUACAAUCUGUCAAAGAGAGUGCUUUGAGUGUUCAAGAGAUAGAAACACACCAACACAAGGAUAUUCACAUCAGUGAUCCUUCACAAGAGGCUGCACAAGAGGCUCAAGACCUUAGAGUAUCUAGAAUGGCUUGCAGCAUCCAAGCAGAGGAUUUGUCCAUGCCAACAAUACUGGCAAGGGAGAGAGAGUUUUCCCAGCAAGCUGCAUACCAAUACUCGACCAACAAAAUUCGAUCCACAGAAGAUGUGAUGCUCGUAGUACCCAAAGAGGAGCCACUGAGCCCUGUGCCCUCUCCCACCUGCUCUGUCAUUCAAACUACUCACAAAGGACCCCCACAAAGGCACCCACGGUCCCCUAGUCACUCUCCAAGACCUUUGAACCUACAGUUACGGUCACAUUUAGAGACACACCAAGCACACCAAGGCAUGCACUGUGUUGAGAAACAAAGAUCUGUGAUUCCAACAGGUUCAGAUCAUAGCAGUGAGCCCCUCUCUACUCGUUCUGCAUUGCAUCCCCAAGUGCCCCAUUCAGAGCCAGAGACAAAGGACAGCACAGCUUCAAGAGAUCCCUGUAGAGAAUCUAGCUAUCCUGUUCAGGAGUAUGCAUUUCCCUUAAUCAUACCAGGAGGGUAUUGCUCUGGUAAGAAACAGGAGGACCAGAUGCUCAUGUCAUACCCUUCUGCACCCUUGUCUUUUGGUGCACUAGGAAAGAUGGUACCCCAUACUGACUCAACAAAACUGCCCUUUUACCCUGAUCCCUAUCAACUCCUCUAUGGCCCACAGCUACUACCAUACCCAUACAACCUUGCCACCCUGCCUAUGGCUCUCAACAUGAUGGCACCAGGGGACAAAGUAGAGCCCUUGCCCUUUUUACCCACUCUUUUCAACUAUGCUGCAGUAGGAGCCCCUUUGUCUCACCCUUUAGUAGUGAACCCCAGCUUAUAUAAUAGCAGCAGUAGCACAAAGCGAAAUAGUGACAACCCAUGAGAGUAUGAGGAGUCCACAGCACUGAAGGAAUACUGUAUAGUUUAAAAGAGGACCAGACCUUAGAAGGAAUAUGUGUUGUUGCUGUUUGAUAAACGAACUACUUGCACAGACAUUUAAGUCUCUUUGGAAAAGUAGCAAAAACCAUAGGUGUAUGUACAAAUUUAAAUAUAGUGAAGUAACGGAGCGGUGCCUUGGAGGUAGGACCUGUGGGUAAAAGGGAGGUCGUGAACUGGUGAUCUGCUGGUACAAUGUGGACCUCUUCCCUUUGCCAGUGGCAAAACACACCUCUGACACACCACUCCUCUCCCUCUUUAGAAGAGUUAGAGCUUGGUUAUCCGUCCUCUCAGAUUUGUUGUAAUAACUGUUAUAAAUAAUACAUCUGGACAGCUAACAGGGUGUAUUUUCUGGAAAAAAAAACAACAAAAAAACAAACAAAAAAAAAAAAGUGUGGUUUCCACUAGUGACAGUAUACCAAUAACGAUCAUAUUUGUAGUUCCGAUAUGAGCUUUUAUUAAUGCAAAUAGAAAUAAUAUAGGGGCCAAGCUCUUCAUUCUUAAAUGGAAAAAUACACACUCAAUUCAGUGAAGGAAGAUAAUAGCAUAUAAGCAGUUUUGUGUGUGUGUGUGUGUGUGUGUGUGUGUGUGUGUGUGUGUGUGUGUGUGUUUCAACCUCUCAUCAUGCAUGUAGUUUGGGGUAACUGUCUUUUUACAACAUUAUGUAGGUUCUGUUGUGUGUAUUUUCAGUACUGGCUUCGAUGUGAGAGUCUGCGCCGUGUGUGUGGGUGUCUUGAGGGUGAUGUGUGCAUGCACUGCACAGUUGUAGCCAGCAAUGUUUGUGCUAUAUCCGCCUCGUUCAGCUAAACAGAUAUUGAUAUCGAUGCGGACAUAUGAGCAUCAUUCCUAGACAGGCUGUUACAACUUUUUUGUAGAUCAGCAAGUAGAAAAAUAGAUGAGGUUCUUCCUUUGUCGGUCACAUCUUAGCAGCUUUGAUAGCUUACCUACAUGUCAUAUUGGAUGGAAUUUGUUUAUAUGUGAGCUUUUUUUUAACUAACCAGCACCAUGGUUGCUUGGUAAAUUAAUGGCAAUUCAGGAUGGACUGCAUUUUGCAAUGUCAUGUACACGGUAUGUUUGUAGAUGUUGUUGGAAUGAUUGUUAGGAGGCUUGAGUCAAGAACUGGACACAAAACAUUUUUUUUUUAAAACAUCUGAGUACUCAUCAAUUAUCUUAUAGUUGUUUCUAGAAGUGGAAAUAAGUUUAGUGGCCUUCUCCUCCCCAGUGCCCCCUGGUGUCCACCAAAGACACUCCAUUUACUUGACUGAAAUCUGAGAGAGACCGAGGUAAAAGGCAGAUGAGAGCGACAGAGAGAGUGGGAGGGAAGUGGAACAAAGUGCAGCGAGUCUGUUAUCGCCAGUAGAACCUCCAUUACAAAGUCACAGAAAAUAAAGCUCUAAGCAGCUGGUGAAUACCGUUUUUCAGGCAGACGUGACCUAAGGAAGCCUGUUACGUGUGAGCCGGGGUUAUGGUGGUUAGCCAACCAUCUCUCUCCACGUCUCCUCUGCAGUGCACAGAAACAGCAAGAGUUGACGUCAGCUCCUCCUGACGUCCGCGCAUGGUCUGAGUUGCAAUGCUUAAGACUUAAAAAAAAAAAAGAAAAAAGAAAAAAAGAAAAUUUGCUCACUGACCUGGAGUGGCUUGAACACUCCUUUAGAACUUUCCUGUUUUUUUAUAUAUAUACACAUAUAUAUAUAUAAAUAUAUAUCUUUUUAAAACAAUAUAAUUUGUUUAUUUUACCUAUUUUCCCUUUUUGAUAGAGAGAUUUGUGAGGAUUGUGCUUGAAGGCGGUCUUUCAAGUGCACAAGAAUAUGAAUGUAAUUUAGUCAUGAGGUUAUAAAAAAAAAACAUGAACAGUAUGGUAGAUGUUUUCUGACUUGAAAAAUAACAUGUAAUAACGAACCGCUUUGAGGUAUUCACAUAUAUACAGUAGUCUUAGAAACAUGUCUAGGAACUUGGAUUCAAUAUAAUCAUAACGCAUGAACAGCACUCGCUUCUUUAUUAUCUUCUGGUAUCGACAUAACAGUCAUCACUCCGCUUUCUUUCUCAUGUGUGGUUCUGUUUAUUUUUUUCCUUUCUUUUCUUCGCUGAUGGUUGGCUUGAAAUACUAUCUGCUGUAAAGCUGUCAAUUUUCAAUUCAUCUUUUUUUGUUCUAUCAUUUUAACUUAAAACUGAAACCAAAAAAAAGAGCCCCAACAAUGAAGCUGUGCUUCAUGACUUUUACACAGUUACAGCACAUGCUGUCCACUUAUAAAAGUCCCCAUAAACACAAAUCACUCACACUGUGAUUUUUCUCCCCUUCCUCUUCCCACUACCGAGCGUUUUAUCCUGUCCUUUUGAAGUGAGUGCAUUGAAGCCGCAGCACUGUUCAUUUCCGAAUAUAACAAGAAGAUUUGUUGCUUUUCUUGGGUGUAGGUACUUUCACAUAGUGUGUGUGUGUGUGUAUGUGUGUGUUAGAGCACAUUUGAGGAAAAGGAAAACCAAAACAAGCAUUAUAUCCCUUGAGGCUUGCCACCAAAUCAGAGUUUGGGUUUGGACCUCUACCAACGUGUUGUUAAAUUCUCCUCACACACUUUUCUCAUGAGCAGUGUUGGGUCACAACAGACUACAUGCAUAUCUGUCAUCAGACUGCUGUAUUUUUUUAUGGAUUACUUACAAUUGGAUUUUCGAGACCACUGAAUCUGCCUAUGAACUGCAUGACUGCUUUGCCACGAUCGAAAUAUGACUAAUCGUUGGCUUGGGAGUUACUCUGCUAAACGUUUUCAUUUUAAACAAAUCAUUCCAGCUGUUAAAGGAACUGUUUGUAAUUUUGAACAGCUCUUUUUUAGACAGGGGCGGAGCUCAUUUCAGGGCCAGAACAAAAUGCAACAAAACAACAAAACGCGUGUGACUGAAUGCAAAGCAAUAUUGUUUCACAUUUUCUUUAACUUAUCUUAUUUAUCUUAUCAAUUUUCUUACUCAGAUUAUUAUUAAAAAAUUACAACGUGUUCCUUUAAUAAAAUUUGACGACGGGACUGUUAAAUAAACAUGAACAUAAACCUUUAACGAAUUAGCAGAAAAAUGUGUUUUGCAACAUAUAUCAUUAAUAAUGAGACAUUUUAGUAAUAAAUAAUCAAAUAGUUAUAUUAUUCAUACUUUUUGUCCAAAAAUAAUAAUAAGAUAUUUCUUUUCCAUCUUAAACGUAUUUAAGAUGUACACUUAUUAUUUACCUAACACUGCUCAUGAGUAAUGAAACAUAAAUAAAAUAAAAUAAACAUUUUCCAUUAAAAGCUGUGGACAUUUGUUAUAAUAUACAUUUGUCAAAAAGCAGCUUUCUCACAACUACAACAAUUAAAGUUCGGACACCCAAAACAUCCCUUUUAAAACAAGCUACCAAGAAAACAUGUUAUGUUAAUUUAUGAUCAUGCACUUUACCAAAAUUUUGAUUACCAAAAUUAAUUUGUAAUUUCAUGUACAAGUGUAUUAUUAUUAUUAUUAUUAUUAUUAUUAUUAUUGUAUUUUUUUUAUUAUUAUUAUUUUAAAACUCUCACAAUGUGAAUGUUGAAUAAUUAAGGACCUAUCCUAUCAUCCUGCACGCAGGAAAACACUUCAAGGCCGUUUGUUUGCUUGAAAUAUGCCACCAAAUCAAGGUCCUUGCAGGCAAAAUGACAGAACGAGUGUAGAUGGAUGCACUUACAUACUGUAUCCAGGGUCACACACCCCACACACUGUUUGUUUUUAGCCCUUCCUAAAAUGCAAAUACUAGCAAGUAAUUACAGCCAGACGAAACCAGCAGAAAACCCCAGUGCAGACAUCAAUACUCACUCCGACUAGCUGACAGUUUAGCUACGUAUAUGUGUUCAGCAGGUGUAGUCUUAGGCAUGUGAUGGAUUUUGUCCCGGUAUUGUGAAAAUGUACAAGCUAAAAUUGUGCCAUUGUUUUAGAAGUUCACAUAUUUGGCCUGAAAUGUUUCCUGAAAUGUUUGGUUGUUUCUUGUUGACUUUGUCUUCACACAAAGGGUCUGUUAACUCAUUGCCAAAUCAAGCCUGUAAUAAUCCUUUUUUUUUUCACUUUUCUUGAUUUUUUUUUUGCUCUAGUUCUUCAGUCUCCCUCUGUCCAUGCUACACUCAUUCAAAUAAAGUAUUAACCUGAUGACCUA